UACAGUGGAAACUUUCCAGUCAACGAAGCAGGAAGUCUGCAUGCUCCAACAUCUUUACGGGAGUCAACCUGCACCAGCUGCACAGGCUGUUCAGAACAGCAGGAGACAGAGACGCUGAACAUCGGGCGAAGCUGGUGUGGCGAGGUAUGGAUGCAGACAUGGAGGGGGCAGAGGAGGGGAAGGAGGAGGAAGGGGAGGACAGAGAGGAAGAGGCAGGGCUGGCCCAGGCCUUGGUGGGGCUCCGAGUCCGAGCGAGGAAUAAAGCGGGUAUCAGAGUGGAGGGACACAAGGACCACAAGUGGCUCAGAACAUCAGGGUAUCUCAGGAUUGAGGAGCCAUUAUCAGGCUACACUGUUGAGGAUGAGGAGGCCGACAUUGCGCCCAGUUCAGGAGAAUUUCUGCCAGUGACUGAGGAAGACAUCCCAGAGAACCCAAACCCCUUUAAACCUUCGUCAUGGAGGCUGGGUGUGAUGAGACAUGAGGGUGCCAGCCACCCUGAACGCUACCUUCACCGCAUCCUCCACUAACAACGGACUGAACGGACUAAAUUUGAAGCAACACACAGUAGUGGAAGCUGAGGUCAGGACAAAUUCUGCAUGAGAAGCCACAUGGUAUCACAACUCUUAGCAUCUUCUGCUAACAUGUGCUCUACAUGUUAGAACCCAGCAUCAAGAAUCACCAGUGAAGUCUGGUGAACCUGUCCAACUAUUAUAGGAAAUCCAAAUGUGUAUCUGUGAUAAAGCAGGCGUGUUGGUGAGUCAAAGCAGCUGCAUUUACAGGAGACAGAAACAGAAACGAGCUGUUGUGUAAGGCCUGAAAUUAAAUUUCUGAUGCACAUGAUUUCAAUGCAUUUUUGAGGGAACACCAGUUUAAGGGAAUUAGCUGGGCAGUUGGUGUUGCUCUUGCCAGAGAACUCAUGAUAUUAUUGUGGUAAACAGGACAGGAAAUUGAAACACUGCAUCAAGAGCACUUGCAGAGCGUUUGCAGCUAAGGAUGUAUUUUUUGUUUUUAAUGACUUGUUAAAGGAGCUGUAUACAAUUUUCAGAGUAUACCUAUGAUUCAGACCCUGAUUCAGAGGUUGCCUGCACCCAGUUUUCAACAUGGAGGUGGCUGAGCCGGCUAACUCCAUACACAGUGCUAUUAAUAGCAACAGUGCUGAUGGGGCCAGCGGUGCUAACCUGGUGGGCACCAGAGGGUGGGCCCUACACUCUGCCAUGACGCUUUGGGUCAGAACAGCGUUAUCAGGAGUAACCACAGUAUGAGCGCAGUGCAGAGCAGCAGGGAUGAGCUAGCCAGUGGCAUAAACACACAGGGACUCACAUGCACCAACAUGCACUCACAGCCGAAUUGACUACAACAAAGAACAGAGAAACUCAGACUUCAUUCUUUAGCCAGGACACAUAGCAAAUACCAGUUUGCUGCUGUAUUGUUCUACAAAGAUGCCAUCUAUCACAUUCUUUUAAAAACUACAUUACCAGUCAGGGAUUGUGUUUCUGAUUACUUUGUGGAUGUUAUUCAAAUACUCAAUCUCCUUUUGGCUCUGUGUUUGGUCUCCACCGACUCCUGAGGGAAAUAUCUGGCUAUCUAGCUGCUGAAUGCUCCACCAUGUUCACCAGUUGAUAGAGUUUUUGGCUGGUACAGCUCAACAAUUCAGCAACUUCACCGGCCAUAACACCAAAACAAUGAGCUGAAAGAUGCUGAAAUGCUCCGUGGAGCUGGGAGAACUGGAGUCAGGUGAUAAUUCUCUGUGGGGUCAUCACCACAAGCAACUCCUUUCACAUGACAAGAAGUCAUUUGAUCCACUGUUGAUAUAAAAAUGUUGAUUAAAGCGGCUUAGAAGACAUGAUUUGAUCAGCUACUACUAAAUUAUUGUUGGAUUAAAGCAUUU